AUGCCCGAAGCCAUCGCUACGACGAAGCGCAAGUUUUACAGAGCGCUGGAUGCCCUCUCCACUUCAGCCAGCGCGCCCUCGACACAAACAGCCCCCCAGCCAACUGGGUCCACCUCCAGCAGCAAGCGCUCUUCUGCAGCCGCCUUCGACGAAGCUCGCGAGAGGGUAAGAAAGCGAUUGCGCCAAAGCACAUCUAACGAUUCCCUCAGCGGCUUCACUCCUAACACUUCAGUCAUAUCUCUCGCGGGCAAGCCGUCCGCGAGGAACACCAGCUCGCCCUCGAAACCGCCGAACUUCUCACCUUGGUCGCAAGAGACAUUCCUCGCACGACUGAAGACGUUUGGCAGCGUCAGUCUCUGGCACCCAAAACCUGAUGCGAUCAAUGAGGUUGAAUGGGCGAAGCGAGGGUGGACAUGUGUUGAUGUUAAUACCGUCGCUUGCAAAGGUGGGUGCAAUAGACGGGUGGUCGUGAGCGUGGAUAUAGCGAGGCGAGCAGAGCAGAGCAGAGCGGCAGCAGAACAGCAAGAGGAAGGAGAAGAAGAAGGGGAGGAGGAAGAGGAAGAAGACUUGUCCUUCGAACAAGCUCUCACGGAACGGUAUAAGUCUCAGAUCGUGGAGGGCCAUGGUCAAUCCUGCCUCUGGCGCCAAGAGGGCUGCAAAGACGACAUUUACCGAUUGCAAGUCGUGCGACCAUCUGUCUGGCAGCCAGAGCUUCACAAACGAGUGCACUCUCUUCUCAACAUCUCGAAGUCGAUAGAACAAGCCAAGACGCGACCACUGGAAUCGUUCAACGACAAGGUCAUGAAUGAUCUCCCACGCGAACUAUUGGGACUUGGUGGUUCCUCGGAGGUGAGUAAAUCCAAAGCCUUCGAGAUCGCCAUGCAUGGUUGGCGAGGCUCUUCAGAAUCUGGCAACGACCUACUCCAUUGCGACGCUUGCUUCCAGCGCGUGGGCUUGUGGAUGUAUCAACCAGACUACAAGCGACCUGGCACUAGCAGCAGCGACCACACGCCAAACGACGAGGGCGAUGAAGCAGGCAUCCUCGAUCUCACCGAAAUGCACCGCGACCACUGUCCCUGGCGCAACGCGAUUACCCAAAAGGCCACCGGUAGUCUCGAUGGUCUCAAUGCCUGCCAGGUCUUGCAGCGAGUCGUUUCAACCGCAGCACGUGAUCACAGACGACGAUCCGCACCUCAAAACGUCGACGAGACGGAUGAUGAACCUGCGAGCGAAACUGCAUCCAUUCAGCCAUCGAAGGAGGAGAUUGCACGGACGGACAAAGAGCGGGAAUCACGACUUCGAAAAUUGAAGAAUCUGCUGAGCAUCAAAAGGCGUCCGACCACCAAGGUCCCGGCGCAGAAGGCGAACUGA